AUGGCAGAAACCGCUUCCUCGCGGCCGGAGUCUACCGCGGAGCUGGCCUCCAGCGGGGCUGAUGGCGUCACCCACAGCGUGCGGUGCCGCUGGACUCUGACCGGCUUCAACACAUCCAAGCAGCUCUGGUCGCCAUACUUCACGGUGGCUGGCUCCGAUGGCCGGGAGCACGAUGGGCGUGUGCUCAUCUACCCCUCAGGGGACAGCCAGGCCCUGCCCGGCUACGUCUCCGUCUACCUCCAGCUGAGCGACCCUGGGAACAGCAGCAAGUGGGACGUGUUUGCCAGCUACCGCCUCAGCAUCGGCACCGAGGCCCAGAAGGGGAGGGAGGUGCUGUCACGCUGGUGUGACUUUGCGCCGCACGCCGCGCUGACGGAGCCCGGCGGGGCGGCCGGGUCGCUGCCGGAGUCGGUGGAGCUGUCGCUGGACAUCACCAUCCUGGCAGAGUCCACCUCCUUCUCGCGCGACCCGGACCUCAGCGGGCGCGUUCCCGGCGCGUCGGACCCCUGCAUGGCCGGCAAGUUCCUGUGGACGGUGCAGAACUUUACCGCCUUCCAGCCCCUGCUGAAGACGCAGAAGAUCAUGAGCCCCGCCUUCACCGCCGGUGACAUCAUGCUGCGGCUGUCGGUGUACGUCUCGGCCCUGGGCGACGGCGAGUGGCUCAGCCUGUGCCUGGAGUCCAAGGACGGCGAGGUGAAGCUGCAGCCUGAGCGCUCCACCUGGUGCCUCUUCCGCCUGUCGGUGAACGCGCAGCCGGGCGCGAGCGCGGGCGCGGGCGCCGACGCGGGCUCGCCACCGCUGCGCAGCGUCCAGCGCGACUCCUACGGUCGCCUGGCCGCCGAUGUGCGUGGCGGGGAGAACACCAGCCUGGGCUGGAACGACUUCAUGGCCCUGGCCGACUUUGCGGCACCGCCCUACCUGGUGGGCGACACCGCGGUGUUCGCGGCGUCGUUCCAGUCGGACUACGCGGCGCGCUUCACCUGGCGCAUCGACAACUUCACGCGCCUGAAGGACGUGCUGAAGCGGCGCAAGAUCCAGGGCCUGUGCAUCAAGUCGCGGCGCUUCACGCCCCCCGCCUCCCUGGACUGGACCAGCUUUGUGAGCCACCGCCUGGCGGUGGUGAACCAGCGCGCGGAGGACCGAUCUGUGGCCAAGGAGUCGCAGAACCGCUACUCCUGCACCGCCAAGGACUGGGGCUGGCGCGACUUCGUGUCGCUCACCACCCUGUUCGACGCCGACGCGGGGUUCCUGGUCAACGACGCCGUGGUGUUCACCGCUGACGCCGUGGUGCUCAAGGAGGCCUGCGACGUGCGCAGCGACGGCGCGUGCCCGGUGAAGACGCUGAUGACGUGGCGCGUGGACAACCUGGCGGCGUUCAAGGACAUCCUGGAGACGCGCAAGAUCUUCUCCCGCUUCUUCCCCGUGGGGCCCAUCCAGCUGCGCAUCGGGCUGUACGACUCGCUGGAGUCCCUGUGCAUCUACCUGGAGGGCGACCUGGCCGCGCCCUCGCCCUUCUCCGCGCCCGGUGGCGGCGGCGGCGGCGGCGCCGCGCCCCCCGACCCCCCCGCCAACCACUGGGUGCGGUACCGCCUGUCGGUUGUCAACCAGCGCGCGCCGGAGGCGACCGAGUGGCGCGAGGCCAGCCUGUGCACCCGCUCCUGGAACAACGGCGUGCUCCAGUUCCCGCGCCUGGGCUCGCUGCUGGACGCCACGGCGGGCCCCGCGCACCGUGAUGCCCUGGUGGUCUCCUGCGAGGUGCUGGAGGUGGUGCCCUGGCCCGACUUCCGCGACUCGGGCGCCUCGCCGGGCCUGCGCCACGGCCUGGCAGGGCCCCUGAUGGGCAGCGAGGCUCACCCGCCGCUGCUGGCGGGAGCCGAGGCAGUGCAGGGCGCGCUGGCAGGCAUGCUCUCCUCCCAGCCCGGCGCGGUGCCCAUGUUCGUGGCCAGCCUGCGCAUGUUCAUGGACAGCCUGCCGCGCGUGCGCCAGCUGGUGGUGUCCAUGCUCCUCGCGGACGCGCCGCCCAGCCUGCUGGUGGACCUCCUGGCCCUGGUGCCCAAGCUGAUCGAGCCCUCGGAGCAUGACGCCGCCGUGGGCGCGCUGCUCACCUUCCUGGCGGAGGCGGGGCGCCAGACCCCCGAUCUGGACCGCGGCCUCUGGCUGCCCGUGCUGACCACCUGCAGCGCCCUCUGCGCGGUGCCCUUCCUGGCCGAGCACGAGCUGGCGCCGGCGGCGGGGCUGGUGCGCCGCAUCACCGCAAACGCGCCCAGCGCCGGCCCGGCGGGCGCCGCGCUCCUGCGCACACUCAUGGACCUGCACGGCGCCGCGCCAUCCUACGUGGCGCGCUGGGCGCGCUUUGCGCACGCCGCGGGCCUGGCCGGCCGCUAUGUGGCCGAUUCGGCGGCGGCGCUGGCCAAGGAGGCCGCCGCGACGCGUGACGCGCCCGGCCGCCCUGCUCGGCCCGAGGACGCCGCGCGCGCCGUCGAGGCGGGCUUGGCGGCGGGGCUGAUCUCCGGCGAGGCGCUGGGCAGGGCCGUGCACCUACGCGCCGCGGCGGCUAUGGAGGCCGCCGAGUGCGGCGAUGGCUUUGGGGCGCGUGCCACCUGCGACGCUGCUGAUCACGAUCCUGCGCCCGCCGGCCGCGCCUCUCCGCCCGCCCCUGCUGGCUUGCUCCCCCUCCCGGCCUGCCUGGCAGACGUGGAGACGCUGCCGGCGCUGGCGUCGCGCCUGCUGCGUAGCCGGGACUGCGGCACCUGCCGCGCGGCGGGGGCGGACCUGUUCCGGGACCUGUUCCUGGCCCACGACGCCCUGCCCGCCCGCGUGGGCCUCCUGCGCCGCCUGCUGCGCGUCGCCGUGGACCGCGAGGGCGAGCGCGAGGAGGGGAGCGGGGCCACGGAGGGCGGGGUGAGUGGGCUGGAGGCCGGCGAGGGGCGGGAGGCGUCUGGCGCGGCCCCUCCCGCCCCCUCCCACCCCCUCCCGCCCUCCCCCGGGGACCUGCUCCUGGGCCUGAUCCGGAGCAGCGCGGCGCUGGUGCAGCCCAUGCUGGUGGUGGCGCUGCAGUCGGCCACCGAGCUGGCGCGCGAGCGCGCACGGCUGGCGCGCGCGCUGGAGGCGGAGCGCGCGGCGCGGCGUGGCGAGGGCGAGGCAGCCGCCGCACAGAUCGCGGCGCUGGAGGAAAGCGCGGCGCGCGGCGAGGCGCGCGCCGCCGAGGCCGUGGCCCGAGGCGAGGCGCUGCGCGCCGAGGCGGCGGCCGCCUCGCGCGCCCACGAGGCGGCGCGCAAGGACGCAGCGGCCGCGGCGGCCGCGGCUGCGCGCCAGCUCGACUGGGCGCAGGACGAGGGGCGCAGGGCGCUGGCCAAGAAGGCGCGGGAGGCGCAGGAGGCCGCAGCACACGCCGCCGACCUGGAGAGCGUGCUCACCCGCCUGCGCACGCAGCGCAAGGAGGAGAGCAAGCGCGCCACGCGCGAGCGCGCCGCCGCCGAUGCCAAGCUCAAGGAGGCGGAGGAGGCAGCCGCGAGGGCUGAGGCCGCCGCCGCCGUCUCAGCCAGCGAGCUGGCCAGGGAGAAGCUGGCGGCGGCGGAGGCCGUGGCCGCGGCCUCCGCGAGCGUGGCAGAGGCGCAGCGUCAGCGCGCCGAGGCCGCUGAGCUGGCGGCGGGCCGGGCUGCCGAGCUGGAGGCGCUGCGUGCCGAGGACCAGGUGGGUGCAAGCCCCGCGCCCAGCAGCUGGGCCUCGGCAGGGCCGGACCUCUUGGGCAUGGCGCGCGCCGGGGACGCGGGCCUUCGCGCCUACCUGCCCGCCGCCUCGGCCGCCCAGCGCUCCAUGCUGGGCACGCUGGGCGGGCCGGGGGACUACGGCGCGCGCGGCGAGAGGCAGGGCCCCUCACCGGGGCUGGGCGCCUCCACGCCGCCCGCCUCGCCGCACCUCAAGCUGGGGGGCGGGGGGGCGGGGCCGGCCGGCGCGCCGGGCACGCAGCACCAGGCCCCCACUCAGCAGCGGGUGAUGAACUCCCCGUGGUCGACGCGGGCGCCGGGCAACGGCCUGGCCGCCGGGCAGCUGCUGCGCAGCCAGCAGGCGCGGGCGGCGGCGGCGGCCGCGGCGGCCGAGUACGCGGGGAGCCCGGGGGGGCAGAUGGACGCGGCCUCCAUGCUGGACCUGCUGCCGCGAGACCUACUGCAUUCCUGA